UUAAUUAAUCUCUUUGGAAAAAUUGAUUUUGGAAUAAAUCAAUCCACUGUAUUGGAUUAUACUAUUCAAGAAUUUUAUACUGAACAACAACUCUGUAAACCAUUUCUUGGUCAAGUUACUCAUUUAGGACAAAAAUUUAUUUUGGAAAAUAAAAUUCAUAAUAUCCCUACUAAUAAUUCAAUUCAAUUUAACUCUUUUAUUACACAACAUUAUCCAUGUAUUGAAAAAUUCUUAAUUGGAAUGAGGCAUGUUAAUUUCAUUUCAGUUAAUGACUCUGGUUUCUUUUGUUGGCAUGGUACUUCUGAUGCAUCCAUCCAAUCUAUCUGUAAAGAUGGUUUUGAUCCAAUGAGAAGGACUGGACAAUUUUAUGGAAGAGGAGAGUAUUUUGGAAAAACAGCUGACAUUUCAAUGGGUUAUUGUAAAGGGAAUUACCAUCUAAUACUAUGUUAUGUCCUUAAAUCAGAUAAAGUCAAAACCAUAGAUAUUGGAUAUGUCGUUGAUAACCCAGCUGAUUGGAGUUAUUCAUAUUGUCUUCCAUUAUUAGUUAUUACUUAUGGAAAUGGAAAACCUGUUAUCUUUUUAGAUAAAACAUUAAAUUAA